UCCUCUCUCUUGCCUCUCACUCCCCUCUUUUCUUUCUUUGCCUUCUUUCCCUCACACACCUUCCCUCAAACAAGUUUUUUACUGCACAUUCAGUAUUUCAAAAAACAGCAACUGCUUCUUGGUUGCACUCAUGCAGGUUUUGUAGCGACAAGUUGAGCGUGACGGAUGGAGUUGUGCAUGUGAUGGAGUAAGUCCUGUAAAAUAAAAGAAAAAGUGGAUUUUCCUGGAGCCAGAGCGAUGCAGUAAGUGGAUGGGAGAGACAACAAAGAAGCAUGAUGAAAGACGACUUUGCAGAAGAGGAGGAGGUGCAGUCGUUUGGCUACAAGCGGUUCGGAAUUCAGGAAGGCUCCGAGUGCACCAAGUGCAAAAACGAUUGGACGCUGCGUGCCGCCAUCGUGCUGCUCUACGUCCUUUGCGCCCUGCUAACUAUCGCUGUGGCUGUCCUCGGGUACAAAGUUGUCCAGAGAAUGGACAGCGUCACCGAAGGAAUGCAGAGUUAUGGCGGAAAAAUUAAUGCUGUGGAGGCAGAUUUAAAGAAACUUGACUCUCAGACGGGUGAGAAGUCAGUGAACAGCACCAGUGAUAUCAAGACGUUUAAGUCGGAUCUCGAGGCUCUGCAAAGCCAACUGAACGACAUCGCCAUUAGGUCGACCCAUAACAGAGACGUGUUGAGUGAACUUCAGCUGACCGGCGAUGACACGCAGGACAGCUACGUUUCCUUGCAGAGUUUACUAAAGGGCAAUGCCGCCUCGCUACGUGGUGUCAACCAGACCUUGACUUCAUACGGUGACAUGAUCGGUGACCUCCAGACAGACACAGCCAGGCUCCAGUCAGAGAUCCAAGGUCAGGUCAAAGAACAGGGCGAGGCUCAGGUCAGUAUCAGUGCGCUGAACAUUACGCAGGCCCAGCAGCGAAAUGUGCUGAGCUCGCUGCAGAAGACUGUAGAAGACGCAGGGCAGGUGGUGCAAAAACUGAAAAAUGACUAUCAGAUCCUGCAGCAGACUGCCAGACAAACCCUUGCGGACACUGAUUGGCUGAAAGACAAAAUCCAGAAUCUUCAGGUUUUGGCAACAAACAACUCUGUAUCGGCACGUUCAAACAGUGAAGCCUUGGAUGAUUUGGGGGCUCAGCUUAGUACUCUGGCAAGCCAGAUCCACAACACUUCUGUCCUAACAGAGGGACAUGAUCAGAAUUUGCGGGAACUCAUGGACCACCAGAGGGACCACGAUCAAACCACCUCGUCCAAGUUUGAUGAGAUGGAAGUACGCUUGGACAAACACGAGAGCGGCAUCGACCGAGUAACAGGCAAUGUGAGCUUCGCUACACAGCUGCUCGGCUCCAUUAGCUCGGACCUCAACAGCUUGAGGUCUUGUGCCGAGACGGUGAUGCGCCAGUCCGAUGUGCUUCUUGGCUUGAACAACAGCAUAAAUGAAGCCAAAGCGGAGAGCAGAGACCUGCGAGCUCAACAGGAUGAUCUGGUGGCCCGGCUAGACAAAGAAGUCAACAGCCUGUCUGUGGUGAUGGAGGAGAUGAAGCUGGUAGACAGCAAGCACUCUCAGCUCAUAACCAACUUUACCAUCCUGCAAGGUCCGCCAGGUCCAAGGGGAGCAAAAGGGGACAAAGGACCCCAGGGCCCAGUGGGUCAGUCAGGGCAGAAGGGUGAUAAAGGAGACAAGGGUGUGCCAGGUAUGGUGGGAUCGAAAGGGGAGAAGGGUGCUCCAGGUCCUCAAGGUGGAACGGGUCCGAAGGGUACACGUGGCCCGCCGGGACUUCCAGGACUUAAAGGAUCGCGAGGACCUGGCGGUCGACCUGGAAUUCCUGGGGAAAAGGGAGACCCUGGAGCUCAAGGUCUUCCAGGCAGAGAUGGACUACCGGGUGUACAAGGGCCGCAAGGACCGCAGGGUCUCAGGGGAGCUGCGGGACCUGCCGGUUUGGAUGGGCCUCGUGGGCCUGUUGGACCCAUUGGCCCUCCUGGUCCACCAGGGUUGCCCGGGUUACCUGCACCGGUGCCUCCGACUGUUCCCAAGCCAGUAAAGCCCACUGUUGCCCACAAACCAGCUGAUGAACCACAAAGUGCAGUGACAAAGCAGGCCCAGGUGCCUCCGCCCAACCCCACUUUAGCUCCUGGUUGUCCUGCAGAUUUCAGGAGAUUUGGGGACAGCUGCUAUUACUUUUCUGCUGCCUCUCAGAAGGUCAACUAUGACGAGGCCAGUGCAUUUUGUUCCAACAAGGCGGCUCAUUUGGUCAUUAUCAACAACAAUGAGGAACAGAUGUUUGUGAAGAGCAUCGUCACAGGGAAAGGCUUCUUCUGGCUCGGGCUCAAUGACAAGGAGGAAGAAAAUGUAUGGAAGUGGGUGGAUGGAAGCACACCAGUUUUCAAGAAAUGGAAUCCAGGCCAGCCUGAUAACUGGACUCGUGGUCACCAACAUGGCGAGGAUUGCGCCGGUCUUAUUCAAAACGGAAACUGGAACGAUUUCUACUGCACUGAGCGCUUGGGCUUCAUCUGUGAACGAACAGCCAGUGCUCCUGUUUCAUAACAUCAUUGAUGACUGCAUGAGAAACAAUCAGGCGAGACAGAUGAGGUGCAAAGAAAGAUGGAGAGAACCUUGUUGCUAAACUUCACUUGGAGACUUAAAUGCACUUUGUGUGGUGCAAAAGACUUAACAUGCACACAUACACAUUUCACCUUUGUAUGUAUGUAUUGAUGACUGAAGGACUUGAAGAUGUGUAUCAUCAUUUUCACUCAUUGGUGCAGGCUUCUUAUCUGAUAACAAUAUUUCACAAUGUCAAUAUUCUUUUUUUAAAUCCAGAACUAUACAGCAAAAAUAAUAACGGAGACCAGCCAUUUAAAGGGAAUGCUCGAUGUGAGCUGUGCUGCUGUUUGAAUGGAUUUUCCCCCUUAAAGUGCCAGUGUGAAAUUGAUUUAGGUACAAAUACACAAUGUUAUAUAUAUUUUUUUAACAAGAUGAUUCUUUCACCAUACCAAAAAUAGCAUGUCAAAAACAUAAUCAUUUUUUAUAUAUGUAAUUGAUAUUUGCUCAUUUCUAUUGUUCAGGGAAUAUUUUGCUCUUUGAAAUACUACGUCACAAUGUUCAUUACAAUAAAAUGUUUUUUUAUUUAUGGUGUAAGAAUGUCAUCAAUAACAAAUGAAAUAUUUCAGUUUGUAGUUAAUAUUUGAAUACUGAAAGUUCAUAGCAGGGGCGUAGGUUUGCAUAGGGACGGUAGGGAUACUACCAACAUUUCAGGAUGCUCAAAUUGUCCCCAUCAACUUUUAUCCAUCCAUCCAUUAUCUUCCGCUUAGUCCGGGGUCGGGUCGCGGGGGCAGCAGCUUUAGCAGGGAAGCCCAGACUUCCCUCUCCCCAGCCACUUCAGCCAGCUCCUCCGGCGGGAUUCCAAGGCGUUCCCAGGCCAGCCGAGCGACAUAGUCUCUCCAGCGUGUCCUGGGUCGACCCCGGGGCCUCCUGCCUGUGGGACAUGCCCGGAACACCUCUCCAGGGAGGCGUCCAGGAGGCAUCCGAACCAAAUGCCCGAGCCACCUCAACUGGCUCCUCUCAACGCGGAGGAGUAGCGGCUCGACACCAAGCCCCUCCCGGAUGACCGAGCUUCUCACCUUAUCUCUAAGGGAGAGCCCGGACAUCCUGCGGAGGAAACUCAUUUCGGCCGCUUUUAUCCGGGAUCUUGUUCUUUCGGUCACGACCCACAGUUCGUGACCAUAGGUUAGGGUAGGAACGUAGAUCGACCGGUAAAUCGAGAGCUUCGCCUUUUGGCUCAGCUCCUUCUUCACCACAACGGACCGGUGCAGAGUCCGCAUCACUGCAGACGCUGCACCGAUCCGCCUGGCAAUCUCCCGUUCCCUCCUACCCUCACUCGUGAACAAGACCCCAAGAUACUUGAACUCCUCCACUUGGGGCAGGAUCUCAUCCCCGACCCGGAGAGGACACUCCACCCUUUUCCGGCUGAGGACCAUGGUCUCGGAUUUGGAGGUGCUGAUCUUCAUCCCAACCGCUUCACAUUCGGCCGCGAACCGCCCCAGUGAGAGUUGGAGGUCACGGCUUGAUGAAGCCAACAGCACCACAUCAUCUGCAAAAAGCAGAGAUGCAAUGCUGAGGCCACCAAACCGGACACCCUCAACGCUUCGGCUGCGCCUAGAAAUUCUGUCCAUAAAAAUUAUGAACAGAAUCAGUGACAAAGGGCAGCCUUGGCCGAGUCCAAUUGUCACUGGGAACGAAUUCGACUUACUGCUGGCAAUGCGGACCAGACUCUGACACCGGUCGUACAGGGACCGAACAGCCCUUACCAAGGGGCUCGGUACCCCGUACUCCCGGAGCACCCUCCACAGGACUCCCCUAGCCACACGGUCGAACGCCUUCUCCAAAUCCACAAAACACAUGUGGACUGGUUGGGCGAACUCCCAUGCACCCUCGAGGACCCUGCCGAGGGUGUAGAGCUGGUACCACUGUUCCACGGCCGGGACGAAAACCACACUGCUCCUCCUGAAUCCGAGAUUCGACUUCCCGACGGACCCUCCUCUACAGCACCCCUGAAUAGACUUUACCGGGGAGGCUGAGGAGUUUGAUCCCUCUAUAAUUGGAACACACCCUCCGGUCCCCCUUUUUAAAAAGGGGGUCCACCACCCCGGUCUGCCAAUCCAGUGGCACUGUCCCCGAUGUCAACGCAAUGUUGUAGAGGCGUGUCAGCCAUGACAGCCCUACAGCAUCCAGAGCCUUUAGGAACUCCAGGCGGAUCUCAUCUACCCCUGGGGCCUUGCCACCGAGGAGCUUACCAACCGCCUCAGUGACUUCAACCCCAGAGAUCGAAGAGCCCACCUCAGAGUCCCCAGACUCUGCUCCCUCAAAGGAAGGCGUGUCGGUGGAAUUGAGGAGGGCUUCGAAGUAUUCUCCCCACCUACUCACGACGUCCCGAGUCGAGGUCAGCAGUACACCAUCUUCACUAUACACAGUGUUAAUGGUGCACUGCUUUCCUCUCCUCAGACGCCGGAUGGUGGACCAGAAUUUCCUCUAAGCCGUCCGGAAGUCGUUUUCCAUGGCCUCGCCGAACUCCUCCCAUGUCCGAGUUUUUGCCUCGGCGACCGCCGAAGCCGCAGUCCGCUUGGCCAGCCGGUACCUGUCAGCUGCCUCCGGAGUCCCACAGGCCAAAAAGGCCCGAUAGGCUUCCUUCUUCAGCUUGACGGCAUCCCUUACCGCUGGUGUCCACCAGCGGGUUCGGGGAUUGCCGCCACGACAGGCACCAACCACCUUACGGCCACAGCUCCGAUCGGCCGCCUCAACAAUGGAGGUGCAGAACAUGUCCCACUCGGACUCAGUGUCCCUCACCUCCUCCGGGACAAGGGAGAAGUUCUGCCGGAGGUGGGUGUUGAAACUCUUUCUGACGGGAUUCUGCCAGACGUUCCUAGCAGCCCCUCACAAUACGUUUGGGCCUGCCAGGUCUGGCCAGCAACUUCCCCCGCCAUCGGAGCCAACACACCACCAGGUGGUGAUCAGUUGACAGCUCCGCCCCUCUCUUCACUCGAGUGUCCAAAACGUGGCCGCAAGUCCGAUGACACGAUUACAAAGGCGAUCAUUGAACUGCGGCCUAGGGUGUUCUGGUGCCAAGUGCACAUGUGGACACCCCUAUGUUUGAACAUGGUGUUCGUUAUGGACAAACCGUGACGAGCACAGAAGUCCAAUAACAGAACACCACUCGGGUUCUGAUCGGGGGGGGCGUUCCUACCAAUCACGCCCCUCCAGGUCUCACUGUCAUUGCCCACGUGAGCGUUGAAGUCCCCCAGUAGAACGAGGGAGUCCCCAGAGGGGGCGCUCUCCAGCACACCCUCAAAGGACUCCAAAAAGGGUGGGUAUUCUGAGCUGCUGUUCGGUACAUAAGCGCAAACAACAGUCAGAACCCGUCCCCCCGCCCGACGGCGGAGGGAGGCUACCCUCUCGUCUACGGGGGUAAACCCCAACGUACAGGCACCAAGCCGGGGGGCAAUAAGUAUGCCCACACCUGCUCGGCGCCUCUCACCGUGGGCAACUCCAGAGUGGAAGAGAGUCCAACCCCUCUCGAGAGGAUUGGUACCAGAACCCAAGCUGUGUGUGGAGGAGAGUCCGACUAUAUCUAGUCGGAACUUCUCUGCCUCACCCACCAGCUCAGGCUCCUUCCCUGCCAGAGAGGUGACAUUCCAUGUCCCAAGAGUUAGCUUCUGCAGCUGGGGGUUCGACCGCCAAGGCCCCCGCCUUUGGCUACCGCCCAACUCUCUACGCACCCGACCCCUUUGGCCCCUCCCACAGGUGGUGAGCCCAUGGGAAGGGGAACCCAUGUUGCCUUUUCGGGCUGUGCCCGGCCGGGCCCCAUGGGGACAGGCCCGGCCACCAGACGCUUGCCUUCGAGCCCCACCUCCAGGCCUGGCUCCAGAGGGGGGCCCCGGUAACCUGCGUCCGGGCAAGGGAAACUGGAGUUCAUUUCUUUUUCUCAUCAUAAGGGGUCAGUUUGAGCCAUGCUUAGUCUGGCCCCUCACCUAGGACCUGUUUGCCAUGGGUGACCCUGCCAGGGGCUUAAAGCCCCAGACAACAUAGCUCCUAGGAUCAUUGGGACACACAAACCCCUCCAACACGAUAAGGUGAUGACUCACGGAGGAGUCCAUCAACUUUUAAGUAACCUUCUUUUAUUGCAUUAUAUAAAGACUUAAGUUAUAUAGGUAAUUUAGAAUGUCUUCCCAAAUGUUGUAAGGAUAGAAUUUUGAUUUGAAUUAAUUUCAGACUUUCAUUUACAGUACGUCUUUUGACUUGCUGAAUGUGCCAGUCCAUCUUUUUCUGUCAAAUGCACGUUUAAUUGGCUGAUGACUUGACCCCCCACUUCCCAACACACGCACUCACAGCCCUCACAAAAUGCGGUUAUAUCGACCCUACCAAUGUUGAAACCAAACCUACGUCCUUGGUUCAUUGACCCCUCCACUCCAAAUUGUUGCUGCAGGCUUAGUUAUUUUUGCAUUUCUUUGUGUAUUUUUGCCUGAUUUGUGAGCCCGAAGAAACACAAAACUUUCAAACCUUGGGUCAUAAUGGUGCACUUAUAAUAAUAUGAAAUGCUAGGGGUGUAACGGUACACAAAAAUCUCGGUUCGGUACGUACCUUGGUUUUGAGGUCACGGUUCGGUUCAUUUUCGGUACAGUAAGAAAACAAAAUGCAAAAUAUAAAUGUGCUAGUUGUUUAUUACACACCUUUGUGCUUUCAACAAUAGGAACAUUAGCCUAUACAAAGCUCAAAAGUAGCGGGUAUUUAAAGAUAAUCCAACAACAAUUUGCCUUUCAGACCCCGCGUAUUGGUCAGCUUUCUUUUUGAAAGAAAGAAGAAAAAAGAAGUCCUGUGCUAAAGAGAAAAGCAAUCCCAAUGACAAAGAUUUUAACAUGUAUUUUACAAAUGAAAUGCCUCAAUGAAUCAUUUUUUUUUUCUUAUGAACGGUUUUCAAAAGCUUUAUUGGUGGAUUUUCUCAAGUUAAAGCGCCACACAGAAAUUAAUAAAUUUAAUUGUGUAAGCAGGAUCUGUGUAUUAUUCUUAUUAUUUAAUUACAGGUGUUUUAGCUCAUUUCAAUUUAUUUUAUUUAAAUGGGCUAUAAUAUAUUUUAUUUAGGGCUGUCAAACGAUUAAAAUUUUUAAUCGAGUUAAUUACAGCUUAAAAAUUAAUUAAUCGUAAUUAAUCGCAAUUAAUCGCAAUUCAAACCAUCUAUAAAAUAUGCCAUAUUUUUCUGUAAAUUAUAUAUAUAUUCUGUAAAAUAAAUUAUUGGAAUGGAAAGAUAAGACACAAGAUGGAUAUAUACAUUCAACAUACGGUACAUAAGGACUGUAGUGGGCAUUUCACUCUACUGUCAUUUAAAUCUGUCUAUGCUGUCCCCAUUCCGAAGCGUCUACUUUUUCCAAAGCUAGGCAGCUAGUGAACGACGCCUUAAUAAUCAGACUUCUUCCUUUUUCAUCUGAUUUAUUAAUAAAAUGGCCUCAAACCACUGUCCUCUUUAGAACGUAGUGAAACAACAACAAAAAAGUACACAGCAUUGAAUUAGCAACAACGUUAGCUUAGCACGCUAUACAGGUUCACUAAACAUAAACAAAAAGCGUCUCAUACAAAAAAUAUAACAUUUCGCUUACUAACAUAAUAUGUACAUUCUUUACAACAACCAUACUUACGGACAAAUCUUGUCCAAGGAUCAUAUAAGCACAACAUUAUCAGCCCGAGACGUCGUGCAGCCAUAAUGAAGAAAAGAAGAAAGUAAUAAACCAUGUCGCAAAGCGACCACAAGAGUUCGCUGUUGGACAGCGCAAAAAGCCUUGCUGUAAACCUUACCAAAAGGCAGACUACUUUCUGAGCGGGACAUGUGCGUUAAUUGCGUCAAAUAUUUUAACGUGAUUAAUUUAAAAAAUUAAUUACCGCGCGUUAACGCGAUAAUUUUGACAGCCCUAAUUUUAUUAUGUGUUUAUAUUUUACAAAUGUGAUGUAGUAUUCAUUUAUAUUGUAUAUUUUAUGUUGUAUAACUUUUGUUCCAAUGUGAAUAUUAGUUCCUACUUGUUUUGUUGUAGCAGGAGGGUUUUGUAUUGAACACGGGGCUGUGUUGGUUAUUAUUAUAGCAGAGAAGACAGCAGUAAAUCAACAAAGACAAGUCAACAGUGCCCCGAUCUACCACUCAAGAGAUCUGAUGGACUCAAAAAGUGGGUUACGAUUGCAUAUUAGUUUGAAAAUCGACUGGAUCCACCGUAUUUUUACACGAGUGACUUCCGGUCUGCCCGAUCCUAGCUACCGGUAGUAGUAUUGACGCAGGAGGGUCGCGUCUCGCGUCAAAUAAUAAACUCUGCCGUUCUUUUCGCAUGCGUCGUGUUGAGCCGCUUCUGGGACACGUCUAACACGCGGCCGCACUGCGACUGGUGUGCAUUGGCUGAUUGACUUUAACGCCCGUGUUUCAUUGCGUUCUCGCGGUGGCCACGUUGUCGCGCCGUUGACGUUUCUGGGUUAUACUGUCCUACCGUGUUAGUCCUCAUUAUAGGAGAUAGGACGUAGUAAAUAUAAUCUAUACAAAGAAACUGUAACCCGAUCGACUCACAGCCUCGAAAAGUAAGGGUUACAUUACGUCAGAAACUCGUUCGGUACGCCUCCGUUCCGAACCGAGCACCACGUACCAAAACGGUUCAAUACAAAUACAUGUACCAUUACACCCUUAUUAAAUGCAUUAAUAAGUAAAACAACAACAAAACAUUAACUUAAAGACUAUCAGAGUUCAAGGCCACUGCUUGACUAUGCUACUAACUCCAAUUCGUAAAAAGUCCAUAGGUGUGCUUCGCAAAGGCGAGUGACCCUUCUUGAUUAUUAAAGGAUACCUUUUUAUUUGCUGGGACCGGUGGAGCAGUACUGUUAAAAAAUGUUUGUUUAAAUACACUUAGGUUAAAGCAACACUAGGCAAUUUUUCAACCAUUAUAAAAUAUUUUCUUAACAUUUGUGAUCAUAUGUUAACUGACAGCUAGUCGAAUGACACCUCUUUUAUAUCUUGAGGGGGUCUGUAUUGCUUUCACAGACAGUAAUUAACAUUGAGGAGGGUGGCAGGAAUCCUAUCACACAAAAAAAACUACAAAUGUGCUGACUGCUUUACGGUAUAUGUCACUUCCCCCUUUCCCCAUUCAGUAUAAAGAUGGACCUGAGAAAAGGUUUUGUGUAAUGAGGGGGGGAAAGCCCGGCUUUCACUCACUGGCGUGACACCAGCCCCACCGUCAACACUGAUGAGUUCGGGUGGGGUAGGGGUUAGCCAUACUAAGCCAGACGGUUGCUAACCGUCAUAUGCUAUUGUUUAGCCACAACUGGAUUCAUUACCAUACUACUAUUCGUCCUUCACACAGCUGCUGGAAACAGAAAUGUUGUUUAAUCCAUCUGCAGGCGACCGGGAGAUUGAUUUUUGAUUGAUUGAUGAUUUUACGACACUUUGAGGGUGUGCGCUGGUCCUCAUGGGAAACGCAGUCUUCCUUAAAGUGCCUAUGACAGUAAAAAGCAUGUUCAUUUAAUAUUUCAUGCUGUAUUUUAUGCUCCUGAAUGAAAUUGACCACUUGGAUGUGAGUGGAAGCGAUCAUUUUAUUUAUUCAAUUUUUAGAAUCCCGCGCCAUGAAAAUGAGUGACUUCCACCUCCAGUCUCGGGUUGAGAACAAAUCCGAGUAAGACGUCACCCGGGUCAGCAUCUCACAAUACAGCAUUGCUUUAUAGCAUGCAGAUGGACUGCGGAUUCAGCUGAUUUUGCAGAUUAAUUUGUUUAUUUUUGGCAGUGCCCACCCAUGGACACACUCUGCCCACCCAAA